AUGCUUCGUUCCUGUUCCAAUUCACAGAAACGACAGAAGUCGAUCACUUUCAGCCUAACACCGGGUGAUAGCCCAUCGUGUUCUCAUGGUCCAAUGUUACGUGUCGUCAAGUCGGGAUCGGCUGUAGCGCGCUACGUGUGUUCUGCGUUUAAUCGAAAGUCAGCGUGUGAAUCCGAUUUGUGCCAGUUGUCUUCGGUACCCAAUUGGCCGGUCAAAAUGUUACGAAAAAUCACUCCGGAACAACGAUGCUAUUGCAGCACAUGCGAUCGUCUGUUCAUUUGUUCCACGGAGGAACUAGACACGCACAGAAAGCAUCGUUUGAUGACGGGUAUUUCCGAUCAGCUGUUGAAAAUGCCCUCGUUUUUGCUUUCCCCCCGUUCGGACGCGGAUGCACACGCGCAAUAUCUGUUCUCGUUGGAUACCCUGAACAAUUUGUAUGCCAUUUUGCAUCAGAUUGGUGUGAACUAUGUGCUGUGUAUCGGCACGCCUCGUUUGCAUGAGUUUAUUCAACUUCAGCGUUCCUUAAACGGGCUGGACAUGAGUUCUUUUCUACUCGAUUUGGAUGCUCGACUGGGUCACUUCUACCGUGCCAAAAUGUUUGCUCGUUUUAACAUGGUUAACGGGCACUUUUUCUCAGCGAAACGUCGCCGAAAAUUCAAAGAUAUCAUGCGAACCAUCCCCAACACAGCUCGAUUUGCCAUAAUUUGUGAUCCGCCAUUCAAAGCCCCCUUGAUCCUCGUCUACGAACAGAUGCUCCUCCUUAUCCGCCGUUAUCUUAAACACGUGGUUCACUGGGUUGGACUGCCAUUUGACACAAGAGGUGUCAAAUGCUUUCAGAUAUUCCACUUGAAAUUGAAGGAUAGAAAUGGCUCUGAAUCAGGCAAUAUGCGCCCGUGGAUUCGACUCGGUGUUGUUUGUCUUUCCCUGUUCCUUGUCUAUCUGACCUGGUGCUCGUUUCGUCCGGUUUAUCACUCGCUUACCUCGGGUGGUCGCCAUGCGUCUUUCGCCUCCCAUGCUACACUACCCAGUCGGGCACCUGCCCAAUGUACCUACCAUACCUGUUUUGACGCAUCCCAAUGUGCUAAGGAGUAUCCGGGACGACCGUUAAAUCGAAUCGGUGUUUAUGUGUAUGUUCCCGAUGCGUCGUCACGUCCUGUGACCAGGCAGUUUGCUGCACUCAUCCAGGCGGUACGUACAAGUCGUUACGCGGUUCGUGAUCUUUCUGAGGCAUGUGUUUUUGUGCCCGAUCUCGAUCUGUUGAACGCCCGUCGAGGUGAAGUAGAUAAGGAUCUGCGCUUGAUCAACCGGUCUCCACAAUGGAACAAUGGUGUAAAUCAUCUGUUGUUUAACAUACUUCCCGGAAAAGAGUUGCUUUUUUCCGGACAGGCCAUCCUGGUCGGUGGUGGGCACACUCGAGCUACGUAUCGGGCUACCUACGAUGUGGCUAUUCCGGCCUACAAUCCGCUCUUGCGGCGUACCGCAUGCAGUCAGCGAAAUUCCGAUCAUCGUCCGGUGUUGCUGACCAUACUGCCCCUAGCGGACAGACGUACUAGAUCACGAGCAGAGCAAGCGUUAUCGGCCUAUAGAGAUCAUUCAUCGACCAUUCUUGACUCGAAUCAAACCGUGAUGUUGCUGCGUCACUCCGCUUCGAUCGAUCCAGUCCAACAAUCAGAUCGAAUUCCAUCGAUGUGGGCCACUGUCGUGCAUAACUCCCACAGAGCCACAGAGCCCGAGUCAGUUCUGGUUGAUUAUGAGGACACACUGUGUCGGAGUACGUUUUGCGCGGUCGCACGUGCGGAUCCUUUAGGCUAUUUGGGUUUG